AUGCAGCAAGAUGAUCCUUCUCUGCCCGACUUAUAUGCAACAUGUCGUGGCCAUUUCAUCGGCAUGGGCGUCACGGCGCUAGUCUACCCACUUGACGAGCACCGGGUCCUCAAGUACGCCUUUACGACAAACGAAAAUGCAUACACUGAUAACCAGUCCCUCAAGGACAUUCAAAUUGAACGUAUCAUCUAUCAGCGCUUGGGCACGCAUCCGCGAAUCUGCAAAUUCAUUUGUGCCGCAAAGCGUGGAAUCGUCUUGGAGCGGCUAGGCAUUCAGCUGCGGAGACGGUUGUACGACCUGCAUCAGGAACAGCAGCGGCCCUCGUACGAGCAGGCGUUGAAAUGGUCGUGCCAAGCUGCGGAGGGCAUGGCAUAUAUCCAUCACAAGGGUGUCAUUCAAGGAGAUUUUGGUGGGCAUAACAUGCUCUUUGAUGAACACGAGGACCUAAAGAUCACCGAUUUUGGCGGCUCUUCAAUCGAUGGCAGUCGGCAGUUGGUCAGCUACGAGACCAGAUCCCAGCGAUGGAAUGCACUCGAAGAGACGCCAUCGAUUCAGAAUGAGCUUUUCGCGCUCGGAUCAGCGAUCUACGAGAUUUGGACAACGGUGCGCCCGUACCAUGAUCUGGCUGAUGCUGAAGUGGAGACGAAUUACAAGAUACAGUGUUUUCCAAAGGAUGUUGCAGACUUGCCGGUCGGAAAUAUUGUGCUAAGAUGCUGGUUGGGGAAGUACGACACUGCGGACCAAGUCCUUGCUGACUUGAAGAAAUUGCCAUCCACGGAAGCAGAAACCGCAGAAGCCGCAGGCACUGCAGAAAAGGCACAACCAAGCGCAGCAACUUUUAACCCCAGCUACAGUUCACGCAUCAUUGUUGCUCUUGCUACAACUCUCAUGACCGGCUUCAUUCUCACUAGACUGAUCCGCAGCCGUUCAACUUGA